AUGAGGCAGGCUGUAUUGCCUCUGCACAUUGCCUCUCCAGUGCCCUCCAACCUCUCAGCCACCUCCGGGAUUGUAGACAGAGCCGGUCCUGGAGCUUGGCCCGAGGGCAAAGUGUUUGCUGAGGCCAGAACAGCAGUUUGGACUGAAAGAGAAGCAGGAGUGCGUGCUGGAGCAGGUGGCAAAUUCUUUGCAGAGACUGGGAUUAUGACGGGAACCGGUGCCUGGGCUGAAAUUGGGGCUGAAUGGAGGCCAGUGGAUAGGGAAGGGGGUGACCUGCCAAACAUGACCAGGGACCCGGCUGCCUGGUUGGGGCAGCAGAGGCUGCAUACACAUGGAGAGGGGCAAAGAGAGCAGGCAGCUUUUUCAUCAGUCUUCACCAUGCUGGCAGAGACAGCAGAGCUACAAGCACCAGCGGUGGGAAAACCUUUAGGUAACAGAGACAGUCAGACAGCAGGAUCAGACAACUUCUCUCCGGGUGCUGUCAACAGCAACUCUUCAAACAGCAACAGCAACUUCAGUUUGGAGGAGUCAGUGAGCAGCCUGCCAGCUUGGGAUCUCCCCACUGUCCCUGAUUCACUCCUGUCCACAGUGGGCGACCAUGAUUUCACACUUCCUGCCAAUGUCACCAGCCCUUUCUCCACCCACCAGUGGAACACCACCAUGCCUGUGCGCACCAGUAACACCUCACAGCACAACAUCACCAUAAAGACAUCUCUAUCACCCACCACCACGUCAAAUUUACCGUUGUCCACCACGGCAAGAGCACAAUCACAACCAGAAUCCACCAAGGCUUCAAACACCACAAGCCAGGACACUGUGACCAGCGACAGCCUUCAGCUGACAAUAGUAACCAUGACGACGCCCUCAACAACAAAUCUUACUGUAAUUCCCGAUGAUUUGACAUCGCAGGCAGCGACCACUGUGAGUGCUGUAACAUUACACCCAAAUAUAACUGCUGCUACAACCAAACAGGAAACGACAAGGCUCAAACUGAGUACAGUGGCUACUACUCAGCCUACAACAACAACUACAACCACACCUGCCCCUACUACCACCACCACUGUACCCUCAACUACCACCACUACUCCUCCAAAUACUACUACUAGUACUACUACUGCUAUUACUACUACUACUACACCUGCUACUACUACUGCUGCCACCACUACUACUACUACUACAACUGCAACUAAAACAACAAAGGUACCUGUCACCACUGUGUUCAUCUCGGGCCACACUACACCACUUCCUACCCCCACCACAGGACCUCCGUCCAGUACCACUGCAGAGGAAAGCCCCCUACCAUGCAACAUUACUGAGAAGUACUGGGUCAGAACAGUUUUGUCCAUUGAGCUGCGCAGGAACCGCCUGGACCUAAUCCUUAAACAGAAUCUCUCUAAAGGACUGACCCACGCCUUGCAGAGAGCCUUGAAUGACUCCACUGCCUUCGCACAGGUGGAACGUGAUGACUGCAGCCCCCACAACGUGACGUUGGGUUAUUACGUGACCAGUGGCAAAACUGUCUACAUUUCCUCCUUGGUGGUUGAGGCGCUAAAUGUUUACGGUUUUGACAAGCUGCUCUCGGACAUCAGGCAGCACACCCCAUUGGUUAAGGCAGUUCUGGUUCCUGUGACAACCUGGGUGCCCACUCCGAGCAUUCACCUGCAGCUCAAAACAGUGUUGAGGUUCGUCGGCCCAACAGACAACAUCUACUCCUGCAGUUUUGUCCAGAUGUUGGAGCAGAGGCUUGAGAAUGCCUUCGAUGAAGCUCAGGACAAAGUGCUGGAGACCUACAACAGGCUCACUGUGGAGGUACUGAAUGGUUUUAUGGCAGGCUAUUCUUAUCACAACAUGCAGCCGGGCUUUCCAUCAGUCGCUCUGGUGUAUGUGGUGAAGAAUCAGGAUGUGAUUCUUAACGGGACAAUCUCUAGUGGUCUCCUCAACCAGCUGACUGCUGAGCUGGUGGGCUACUUCCUGUUCUACCCACCCCUGGUCAUUGCUGAGCCCCUUGAAUACCAUAAUCUCAACACGUCAGCGGCAACCAAGAACUAUUGGGUGAUAACUGUGAUCCAGGAUGUGGACAGCUCUUCCCUGGAGGCCAACUACCAGAGCUUCGCCAGCUUGAUGGAGCAGCGGCUGGCUGAGCUUUUCCUGGUGGCCGGACGGCAUGGCUCUCGGAGGGCACGAUCCCGGCGGGCCACCACCGUAGGGGGCUACACUGUACAGAUGGUGAGCAUGCGCCGACUGCCUGGUCCCAAGAAUCCAGCAGAGAUGACCUACUACGCCCAGCUGAAUGGAGCACCUAUCACUGGAACCACUGCUGCCAAGACCCUCUGCAGUCUGGACUCCCAGACCAUGGCUCUGACACUGGGAUACUUCGUACAAGUGCAGGCUGAAUCUGUGGUAAAGACACCGCCCAGCAACCUGUGGAUCAUGGCCGUUCUAACCCCUCUCUUUCUGUUGAUGGUGGUGAUUGGCAUGGUGGCCUUCAUUUUGUGUAAGAGAAACAGAGUCAUCUUCAAAAGUGGUGCCUUCAGGACCUUCAAAACUCGCUCCAAGACCUCAUACCGAAGGGAGGGCAGUUACCACCACCAGCCUGUCCAGGGUUUUGACUAUGCCAAGAAGCACAUGGGUCGAACGGGUGAUGAGGCCAUCUCAGUUACCAAGGAUACACUGGUGUUGGGGCUGCCCGUGCGAGAUGCUCCAUUGUCACUGUCAUUGGAUAAGAAGGUCCACCAGGAUGGGACCGCCAGUAAGAGGCCUCCAUCUGCUGACAUACACAAAGGAGGACGGUUGCCAAGCGAAGAGGACGGCUCGGUGUCAAGUAACGGCUCAGGCAAGAUGAACACCAGCAAGAGCUCAUCAGCCCGUAGGACGGUGACUGGCAGCAGUGGCAAGAAUGGCAAGGAGGAGUUGCACAAGAGGAGCAACAAUGACCCAUAUGGCGACCGUUCAGGUUCUCUGCGUCUCAUCACCAUUAAACCCAUGACAGCCCAGCCAACCUACUCCUACCCCUCCUCCUCCUCCCACAGCCAAGACUCUGUGGUCCUCAAUGGGGAGGCAAACCAUGGUGGGUUGAAGCAGAAGUCUGACAUCGAGCACUACAGGAACAAACUGCGCCAGAAGGCCCGGAGGAAAGGCUAUGGAGAGUUCUCACUGUCUGAGAGUGGCAGCCAUGGUUACAGUCACCGUGACACCAGGCGUAGUCGGCACGACAUUGGGGUGAAGGAGCCAAUGACCGCAGAGGAGAAGAGGGCCUCAUUUGCAGGAUGCCAUAAGAGGUACUCCCACCCACGCGAGCCCUCCUAUUGGAGCAGACAGUCUCUGAGCAGCCCAAGCCCAGUGGAGACGGAGGUGGACCUGCUGGUGCUGAGAGAAAGAUCAAGAAGGGGCAUCCGUAACAAUGGCUAUGAUGGUGAACCAGAACCAUUUGAGGAGACCAACGUGGACCGUCUGAUGAGCUCUCUGGAUUACGGAGGUGGCUCUACUGGCACCGGGAAUGGCAGCUUGGGGGUGAAAGCUCACCGUGGUUCCGACUCUUCCACACUCAGCUCUCAGCCAUCCAUUGACGAAGUCCGCACACAGAUGCACAUGUUGCUAGGCAACGCUUUCAGCCUGGCACCUCCGGACCAUGACCCACCUUCCCCUCCAACCAACCACCACCAUCACCACCACCAUGCUCGCAGCGCUUACAACCCCUCGCACACCAGCCAUUACAGUGACGGGGUGACCAGCGCCCCAGGGACCAUGAACCAUCCCUGUGGAGGCAGGCAGAGGAGUACGGGCUAUGAGGAUAUACACCAGUGCAGCCUACCCAAACCGGGUUUCCGGUUCACUCAGCUUCCUGAUAUGGGCAUUGGUUCUCCCCCACCACUGAUCCCCUCUAGACCAGGACCUCCACCUGGGACCUCACUACGACGUUCCACCCCUGAUAUUAGUUUGAAGCCCUGUGUGUCAGAGGCCUCAGACCUCCAGGCCCAGCAGCACAAUGGCGCCCCCUACCUGCCGCUGUCCAGGACCCCCUUCCCUGCUGUUACUGUUGACCAGUCCAUCACCACCUACUCAGGAAACCCUAUAACAGCAGUCUACGCUAUAUCAGCCAACCGCCCGGGUUAUUCAGACUACUUUGUCAUGUCGCCGCCGUCUUCAUACCAUAGCCCAUCCUGGAUGUCCUACCCACCUGAGCCGGAAGACCUGCCAAGGCAGUGGAACGACACACCGACUGCCUCUUCUGUGGUGAACACCAUUGUACAGCCAGAGGCCCCUCACACUGCUGAACUGAACUGA